AUGGGAAACACAACUUCUAAUCAUUCUCAAAUCACAGCAGUCCUAACUGAAUAUCCUAUGUAAAAUAAAAAUUGUCUUAUUGCAUCUCAUUCCGCAUAAAGAAAAAUAUUAAAAGCAGCUUCAAAAGGAAAUGAAUUACCUCAAAGAAGUAAUCGUCGAUUUGCUCCAAAUAUUGUUAAAUCCUUAGAGUUCAAGAGUGAAGGUAAUCAUUAUAUACAAAUCAAACAGUAUAGAAAAGCUAUUGAAUCUUACACAUAAGCUAUUGUAUAUUGUAUUAUCAAACUAGAAUCUCUAUAAUCACAAUUCUAUAUACUUCUCAAAUCGUUCUGUAGCUAAUAAACUUCUCAAUAGAUUCCAAGAAGCUAAAUAAGAUGCUCAAUAAGCUCUUAAAAUAGAUUAGUAGAAUUCAAGAGCUCAUUUCCUUUAUGGAACUGUGAUUUUGAUAGAAGUUCAAAUGUUUCCCGAUAUUAGCGAGGCUCUCAUAAUAUAAGCUUAAUUGGGAAUCAAAGAACUUGAAUGCGGUAAUUUUAAUUUUAUAUUUAUAGCUUUUGAAUAGGUUAAAUUAAAUAAAAAUGAAUAAAAAAAUAAAUUAAAAGUUUUGAUUAAUUAAAAUUUGUCUAAAGGAAAAAGAAUGAUAUAUUUGAUAAGAUAAGAAGUAGAUAAAAGAAGUACGCUUUUAUAAUCAUUCCUAAAUAGAUAUCCUAUCUCUAAAAUAAACUUUAAAGGAUAUUGCACAUAGAUAACAUCAUCAAUUAGAUUGGCAUCUUAUUGAAAAGAAUAUCCAUAAGAAAAUGGAAAUUAUAUUACCAGAAUACUUUUAAUGUCCUAUCACAAAUGAAAUAAUGGAUGAACCCACACUUCUCAAUUCAGGCUUAACAUAUGAUAAAUUUAGUAUCCACUAAUAAUUUAAAUAAAAUGGUUAUGUGGAUCCUAUUACUAGAGAAAAUAUAGAUCCUUUAGGAUUGAUUUAAAACAUCUAAUUAUAAUAAGGAAUCCAAGAAAUUCAAUCAAAAUAUGGAUGGGUAGGGGUUGAAAAUGAAAAAGACUAUAAGGCAAUUAAAUUUGAAUGA